ACCCUCUCGAAAUGCAUCGAUGCAGCGAUGGUACUGGGAAAUUCGCACUUGUUCAUGAAUCGCACCAACAGGCUUGCCGUAAUAGCAAGUCACACCCAAGAAAGCCGUUUCUUGUACCCUGGGAAGCGUUGGGCUUUGGCAGAUCAGUUUGGAGAUGGCAGUUCCAUGGAAUCUAAUUGCUCUGGCAGCAAGGAUGGAAAAUACGAGUUGUUAACAGCAAUAAACGAUGCAAUUGCAGAAGAGAUUAAAGACCUCAUGACGAAAACUGAAAUGAGGGGCCAGCAAACAGAAACUCUGUUAGCAGGAUCGCUUGCUAAAGCACUUUGCUAUAUCAACAAGAUGAGCAAAGAGGUGAAAGACCAUCAAGAAAUAAAAUCAAGAAUUUUGGUCAUAAAAGCAGCAGAAGACAGUGCACUGCAAUAUAUGAAUUUCAUGAAUGUGAUCUUUGCAGCACAGAAACAGAGUAUUUUGAUUGAUGCCUGUGUCCUGGACUCUGAUUCAGGUCUUCUACAACAGGCUUGUGACAUUACGGGUGGCCUGUAUUUGAAAGUGCCCCAUAUGCCAUCCCUUCUGCAGUAUUUGCUGUGGGUGUUUCUCCCCGAUCAAGAGCAAAGAUCGCAGCUUGUCCUUCCACCUCCUGUCCACGUUGACUACAGAGCUGCCUGCUUCUGCCAUCGAAAUCUUAUAGAAAUUGGUUACGUGUGCUCUGUGUGCUUGUCGAUAUUCUGCAACUUCAGUCCUAUUUGCAGUACAUGCGAGACUGCUUUCAAAAUAUCCUUGCCACCUGUCAUGAAAGCUAAGAAGAAGAAACUGAAGUUAGCCGUGUGA